CAAACCAAAACGUCAGUAGUGUCAUUCAAUUGUCAAAAUAAACUAACCUAAGAUAUGUGAUUAGAAAAUAAAUAAUUGGGCCGAUUUAUGUAAUAAUUCGCCUAGAAAUGGACAAACCAGGCGAUUUGGAAGCAAAGUACCAAAAGCUCGCCACAGAAUACUCCAAAGUGAGGUCGCAAGCCACGGUCUUGAAAAAAGCCGUUUUGGAGGAACAGGCGAAAAACAAUGAAUUAAAAGACACAAUUAAGAAACACGAGCAGAAGAUACGGAAACAUGAUCAAGAAAUGGAAAGCCUAACUUUCCGAAACGAGCAGUUGACUAAGCGGAUAUCAGUGUUGCAACAAGAAUUGCAAGUGAACAGUCACGUUAAAAAAGGGAAAAAUAAAAGCACCGAGAACAUCAUUCAAUCAGACACUAGUGUCCUGGACGAGGAGUUGCAGAAAAAAAUUCUAGAAAAUGCCCAACUUGUUAGCAGUAUGGCUGAUAAGGAGUACGAGCUGAGCGAUUGCAAGGAGAGAAUCGCAUGGUUGGAGAAAAGAUUAGAUAACUGUGAGAAAGAAUAUCACCAGAAGGAAACGAAAUAUUUAGAGGACAUUGCCAAGCUUAAAAGGGCGAAAUAUGAAGUCGAAAAGAAGGUCGAGGAGCAGCACAUGGAUGUGCUAAAUUCUGAUGUUGCGUCUAAUAAAUCCAGUGAAGACCAGAAUGAGGUCACUUUUUGGAAAGAGGAAGCUGAGAGGUGGCGCUCUGAAUGCGAAGUCCUGCGUUCCAAACCACAAUCAAACGAACGGUUGACUGAAUAUUACGAAUCUCAAUUGGGCGAAUUGUUGCAAGCCAAGCAAAUGGCCUUCUCAGAAACCAAAACUUUGUGGGGUGAAAAUCAAGCCUUAUAUUCAAGAUUAGAACAUCUGACUGUGGUAAACAAGGAAAUAGAAGGCAAUCUAGAGAAGAGCAAUGAAGAGUUGCUUACCACUAUAGAAAAUUACAAGAGUCAGCUUGAUGCAAUGACUGAACAUAUAGCCGCCCAAAAUGAUAAGAUCACGAAACAGUGCGACGAAAUCCAAGCACUCAAACAUAAAAUUGCGAGCAAAAAGUAAACAUUCCUUUAAUUUAAUAAUUUAUUUACAUUAUUUACUCUGUAUAAAUUAUGCGGUUUGUUUAAUCGACCUGUAUUUAUUUACAUAUUUGCAAAAAAGUCUAAUACAGUUAUUGCACUAA